AUGGUUUUGGUUUCUAAUAAAACCAUUGGGACUACUCUGGUGUGCACAAAGAGAACAAUGGAAGCAGAUGAUUCCGUCUUUACCGAGUGGGCAAGUGAUCUGUGUGAGAGAAUAGAAGAAUCGGAGAAGCAAUUAACUAGAGCCGGUAACAGAGUUUCAAGGCCUAAAAUACAAAGAGUUCCAAAGUACAUGGCGGAAAAGCCAGAGUUUCAUAGAUAUUACAAGCCACAGAUGUUUUCACUUGGUGUGUUUAAUCCAAAAACAACACAAGGAGAGCAGUAUAAGGAAGCAUGGGCAGCAAUGUAUCUUAAGGAUACUAAUCUAAACGUUAAAGAUUUAUUUAGAGAAAUCUGUGAUGAAAACAGAAUGAAAAGAUGGUUACUGAAACCUAUGUGGCAAAAAUUAUAUGAUGCACCUACUGUAUAUGCAGAUCAUAUCAUAGUGGAGGCAUGCUGUGUACUUCACUUGCUGGAAAAAUCAGAGAGCUCAGUUGAUCCAGAGCAAGAGCUGAAGAUUAGCAUUGACAAGCUUGUGAGGGUGCACCAGGAUCUGCUUAUCUUGGACAACCAAAUUCCUUUCCAAUCACUCAGGCUCUUGUGUCAGGAUGAAGCCAGGCUUGAAAAAUGCCUCUCCAACUUUCUUCAAGUUCAUGGUAUUCAGGUUGAGACGGCACCCAAGCUUCCGAGAAAGAAAAGAGAGAAUGAAGAGGUGAAGGUAGCAGUGGAUGGAGAUGAUGAUGAGGACCCUGUCCAUCUUCUAGAUUAUCUGCGGAGGGCCCUCUUAACGAGAGACCAACACACAUUCUACAAAGCUAUCAACCACAAGAAGAUCAAGAGGAGAUCCUUGCACCUCAGGAAGUAUAGGAUUGGGACCAUCCGGGAACUCAAUGCAGCCGGGAUUCGUGUGAGAAAAAAUUCUCACAACAACUCGGUGUACCCGAGCUUCAAAGAUGGGAUGCUGCAGCUUCCUGAACUCAUUGUAGAUGGCUCAACAGCUCAUAUAUUCUUCAACCUAGUAGCCUAUGAGAUGUGUCCUGAUUUUCGCAACAACUUCGAGAUCAGCUCAUUUUUAGUCUUCAUGAGCUCUCUCAUUGACCAGCCGGAGGAUGUCAAGAAGCUGAGAAUGGGUGGCAUAAUUAUCAAUGAACUUGCCAGUGACAAAGAAGUAGCAGAUCUGUUCAAUAAGAUGGACAGUAUUCUUGUGCCUGAGACACUGUUGUUUGCUCACAUUAGGGACCAAAUCCAUUCACAUUUUGAGUCCAAACAAGGCAGGAUCAGAAUGCUGUCUUGGAUGGGAGAGGCCUAUAACACCUUUUUUCGCUCGCCAUGGACCAUCAUUGCUUUGUUGGCUGCCACACUUGGCCUUCUUCUCACAUUUAUCCAGACAUGGUUUGCCAUCCACCCUAAAGCUUCAUAA